AUGCCUCGCGGACCUACUAAGCACCAGAAGCGCCUUAGUGCGCCCUCGCACUGGCUCCUGGACAAAAUGUCCGGAACCUAUGCCCCCAAGGCCUCUCCUGGUCCUCACAAGCUCCGGGACUGCCUUCCCUUGAUCGUCUUCAUCCGUAACCGUCUCAAGUACGCCCUGAACGGUCGCGAGGUCAAGGCCAUCAUGAUGCAGCGUCUCAUCAAGGUCGACGGCAAGGUCCGCACCGACACCACCUACCCCGCUGGUUUCAUGGACGUCAUCUCUAUCGAGAAGACCGGCGAGAACUUCCGUCUCAUCUACGAUACCAAGGGCCGUUUCACCGUCCACCGCAUCCAGGCCGAGGAGGCUGAGUACAAGCUCGGCAAGGUCAAGCGUGUUCAGCUCGGCAAGGGCGGGAUCCCAUUCUUGGUUACGCACGAUGCGAGAACCAUCCGUUACCCCGACCCCGCCAUCAAGGUCAACGACACCGUCAAGAUCGAUCUUGCCACCGGCAAGAUCGUUGACUUCGUCCGCUUCGACACUGGCGUUGUUGUCAUGUGUACUGGUGGUCGUAACAUGGGUCGUGUUGGUGUCAUCACUCACCGUGAGCGCCACGACGGUGGUUUCAACAUUGUCCACAUCAAGGACGCUGUUGAGAACACCUUCGCCACCCGUGAGUCCAACGUCUUCAUCAUUGGACAGGACAAGCCCUGGAUCUCCCUCCCCAAGGGCAAGGGUGUCAAGCUCUCCAUUGCUGAGGAGCGUGACCGCCGCCGUGCCCACGCUAUUGCCCAGUAA